AUGUUCAGAAUCCACAAAACCCUCGACAUAAUAACCAUCUUCCACAAACCCUCCCUCCCUUCCUCAACCCGGGUCCUCAACCUCCUCCGCACCGCAUCCGCAAACGCAUCGGAACAGGCAAAUGCUACUUUGGACCAAGCCAGCUCGACUACAUCUUCCGGAGGGAAGGACCUGCGCGACGACUUUGAGAUUGAAGUCACAGAAUCCCUCCCGACGCCGGAUCAAUUAAGUACGAUUAUCGAUUAUUUGGGAUCAAAGGGUGUGAAGCCGGGCGCUGUUGUGCAGGGUGCUGCGAGUAAGGAUGAUGCGUUGAAGAAGUUGAGUGAGAGCGGGUUUGCGAGGCCGAUUGUUGUCGAUUGGAGUAACGGAAAAGCCGUCAUAGGCGACAAUGAAUCGGAGAUACUGCGUCUGUUAAGGAAAGGGGAUGAAUCGAUCUAG